GCGUGUUGGAAAAGUGUAUUUUCUAAAAAUAAUAGGUAAUAAAUGACCGAUAGAAAAUUGCCAAUUAGUCCAUCGGAACAGGCCACGGCCAGCCACAGUCCGCUGCUGCACCACCAUCCACAUCAGCAGCAGCAUCCUGCACACGGCAAUCAUCAUCACCUUCAGCAACAGCAACACUUGAGGCGUGCUGUAGGAGAACAGCAGCAGCAUCACGGCAUUGCAAUCACGGCCGGGAUUGGCGAACCGGUUGGUGGUGAAGGGCCGGUCGCUGGAGUUGGCGGCGGUGGCCCAGUUCCGACGGUUGGUGCACCAGCGCCACCACCCCGUGGAACGUCAUCGUUGAGUUCUGGCCAUCAUCUGCAGGCCGGUGCCGCCGUCGUCGCGCUGGCGAGCGUCAACAGUAGCACCGGCAGCACCGGCAACAGUCUGGGAGGUGGUGGUGGUGCUGGUGGAGUCAUUGGCAGCAAUCAUGCAACCGGCACGACCAGCACGACGGCCACCAGUAACAGCACCAAGCACGCGAACAUGCAUCGUCUGAAGCACACCAGCUCGCUAACCACCAGCAUCUAUCCAGAGCUUUAUGACAAAGGUAAUCGAUUAUCUCAUUCAAGUGAUACCAGCCAGGCUGACACCAUGACUUCCGUAACGAGCUCCUCACUAGACUCGGAUGAGGUGGAUCUCUCCGGUUUGGUGGAAUCGGUCGUCGAUUCUGACGAAGAGGACAUUGCUGAGAGUAUAGAUAGUUUAAGCGUACGGGACACGGUACGAGAAUGUUUGGAAAAGGAUCCCACCGACCGUACGGUAGAAGAUAUCGAGAUAUUGCUCGAGUUUACGCAAAAAUUGAAAGCGUUCACGAACAUGACAUUCGCGGUGCGUCGAGCGCUUUGCUCGGUGAUGGUGUUUGCCGUGGUAGAGAAAGCCGGUACGGUCGUGAUGAACGAUGGUGAAGAGCUGGACUCUUGGAGUGUGCUGAUCAAUGGGCACGUGGAGAUAGAGCAUAGUACGGGCGAGGUAGAAUAUCUGCACUAUGGGGAUAGUUUCGGUAUUAUGCCGACGAUGGACAAACUGUACCAUCGGGGCGUUAUGCGGACCAAGUGCGAUGAUUGUCAGUUUGUGUGCAUCACACAGACGGAUUACUAUCGAAUACAGCACCAGGGUGAGGAUAAUAUAAGGAAAAUCGAGGAAGAUGGUCAGGUGGUGAUGGUAACGGAGCUGCGGAACAGUACGGGAGAGAAUGGAUCUCGCAAAGGUUAUGUCGUCAUACGUGGUACGGUGGAACGGUUGAUGCAUCAGCUGGUAGAGGACACAACGCUCACGGAUCCAAACUAUGUGGAAGACUUUCUGCUUACAUUCCGUACAUUUAUCCACAAUCCGAUCGAUAUCUCGAAGCAACUGCUAAAGUGGUUCAACGUGGAUAGUAAUAGCGGAGCAAGUGAAGACAAUAGUGGAGGAUCGAGUGAUCUGGUCGAUGGUGCAGCAGCUUCCAUCUUGCACCACAUACCGUCAGGCCCCGGGGACAGUGUGCUGUGCGAUCGGGUGACGCGCGUCGUACUGCUGUGGGUAAACAAUCACUUCACGGACUUCGAUACCGAUCCACAGAUGAUGGAGUUUUUGGAACUGUUCGAAACGGCGCUGGAGAAAAAGAACAUGCACGAACAGCAGCAACUGUUGCAUGUGUACGCGCAGCAUAAUGCAAGAGAAAGAAACGUUACGCUGGCGCGAAGUUCGCGGGAUGAGGAUCUAAACUUCCAAAUAUCCGGAGGUCCGGGAGGUAUCUUUAUAACGCGAGUCGAGCCGAAAACGAAAGCGUACGAAGCGGGGCUAAAACGUGGCGAUCAAAUACUGGAGGUGAAUGGGCAAAGUUUCGAGCAUGUGACAUGUGCCAGGGCGUUAGAAAUUCUAAUGGGCACAACGCAUCUCAGUAUUACCGUAAAAAGCAAUCUGUGGGCUUUCAAGGGCAUGCUGUCGAAUGCGGACGGUGAUUCGAGCAAGCUGAAGAUAGAUCUGAAGAAAGGUCUUCGGGUUGAUCUACUCCAGUCACAAAAGUCGCUCGAUCUGGUAGAUAAGGUCGGUGGACUGUUGCCUACGCCACAGUUCCUGAUGCCACUGCCGGUGCGAGAUAUCGAGUAUGGACGUAAGGAUUCGGGCGUUUCCACACCGUCAGGUUCUUCGUCGAUGAACAACAACAAGGGUGGCAGUUUCAUGACGCUCGGCGGUAAGAAGCGUAUCCAGAAGGCACUGAUCAAGAUGAACCUACUGCCAAAGAAUAGCGUCUUCCAGGAUGACAAUAUUAACAACAAUAACAACAACAAUAGCAGCAGUAACAACAGCAGCAAUAGUAGUAGUAGCGCGAACAACGGUAACAGUAACAAUGGAAGCACCUACGAAGGUGGAAGUGAUCGAUCGUCGGGAAUUAGUGUGAAUUUUUCCUCCCAAGCGUCCUCCAUAUCGACGUCCUCGAUAACGACGGCAGAUUCGGACGAAACGCCACCAACCUCCACGUAUCAGAGUAAUCCGGAUUUGCGCGAAAACCACUGCACACCGGCCAAGGCGCAAUCGACGGAAGCGAUCAUCCCGACGAAGAUGGGCACCACGUACCUGGAGGAGUUGCGGGCAAGUGAUUUCCCGGAGCAUAUUCUGAAGGUGUACAAAUCAGACCAGACGUGCAAGUAUCUGCUGGUACACAAGGAAACAACGGCCCACGAGGUGGUAAUGUUGGCACUGCAAGAGUUCGGAAUUCAUGAUCCAAGUUCGAACUUUUCACUGUGUGAAGUAAGCGUCGGCGAAGGUGGCAUGAUCAAGCAGCGUCGUUUGCCCGAUCAGCUGCAGAAUCUUGCUGAACGGAUUGGGCUUAGUUCGAGGUAUUAUCUGAAAACGAAUGGCAUUACCGAAACGCUCGUACCGGACGAUGUGGCACCGGAAUUGAUCCGCGAGAGUGCGGUACACUUUUUGCAACUAAAUGCAAACGAACUGGCGAUACAGCUAACGCUGCAGGACUUUAGCAUCUUCCGGCAGAUCGAAUCGACGGAGUACAUUGACGAUCUAUUCAAUCUAAAGAGUCGAUACGGCAAGCCGAUGUUGGUGCGGUUUGCGGAGUUGGUUAAUCGUGAGAUGUUCUGGGUGGUGACGGAAGUUUGCAGCGAGCACAAUAUGAUGCGAAGGUGCAAGAUUAUCAAGCAGUUCAUCAAGAUUGCGCGGCACUGUAAGGAGUGUAAGAAUUUCAACAGCUUGUUUGCGAUUAUCAGUGGGCUGGGACAUGCGGCCGUGAGCCGCUUGAGACAGACGUGGGAAAAGUUGCCGUCAAAGUAUCAGAAGCUGUUUAAUGAUCUGCAGGACCUGAUGGACCCGUCGCGCAACAUGUCCAAGUACAGGCAGCUGAUACAGACGGAGCUGAAUGCACAGCAGCCAGUCAUUCCGUUCUAUCCGGUGGUGAAGAAGGAUCUUACCUUCAUCCAUCUUGGCAAUGAUACGAAGAUUGAUAGUUUGAUCAACUUCGAGAAGUUGCGCAUGGUUUCGAAGGAGAUCCGAACGUUGCUGCACAUGUGCAACUCACCGUACGACAUACUGACCAUGCUGGAGUACAAAUGUCAACCGCCCAGUUCGGCCAUGCUAGCGCUCAAUCAAAUGUCGGUCCCAUCUGGAAGUGGCAACCUGAUGCUGGCACCCCCCGCUCCACCACCACCCACUUCGCUGCCGGCCGCAUUCAUGCACAGUCAAACGGUGAAGCGAAGGAAGAAAUCCACCGCCGCACCGAAUCCGAAGAAAAUGUUCGAAGAAGCACAGAUGGUGCGACGGGUAAAGGCGUACCUGAACAACAUGAAGGUUAUCACGGACGAGGACGAACUGCAUCGGUUGUCGCUUGAGUGUGAAGCGCAAGGUGGUACCACACCGAACACGGUACAGGUUCGCAAACGCUAUCCAUCGCCAACGCUUUCGACGACUUCGAGCACCAGUUCGACUAGUGAGGGAAAAAAGGGUGCGCUCGGGCUAGGCAUGAGCAGCUUAUCGAUCGGGAGCGCUAGCAGUGGCAACAGUGGAGCACCGAAAUUCGGAGCCGCAUCACCCCAAGCCGUCAAAAAGCUACUCUCACUCUCAGAGCAGACAAAAACGCGUCCCCACCAACCGCGACACCCGUCGGCGGGGUCGAUCCUAGCUCCACCACUAAACAACAUCCACCAUCACCAUCAUCAGCAUCAUCACAGUGCAAUCUCGGGACAUCUGAACAGUACGCUCUCUCACUUCCAUCAUGCCCAUCCGCCCACGAACUAUCUGCCGCACCAUGGUGGGACGGGCAUCACCAUCAGUCCCUCGCAAUCUCCGGCACACUGUUGCGUAGGGGCUAGCGGAGCGGCAGGAGGUGGCAGUGCGGUUUCGACAAAUAGUACCGGUGUUAUGGGACCACCACAAUAUCCACCACCAUCGGCACACGCUGCCGGCGGUUAUGUGACGGCGGCCGGUACAGCGGGGGGUGGUGUGCAUUUGGCGGGCAUGUUGCCAAAUCCACCGAACUAUAGCACCACCAUGUCGAUGUAUGCGAAUGGGCGACCGGCGGUUCUGGCCAGCCGGAUACUGGAGAGUUCUGUCGAUGCACCUAGUCAAAUACCACCACCGAUGGAACUGCCGCCGGAGAGUAGCUCCUUCCGUAGUCCACCGAACUAUGCUCAAACGGCACAUCGAAGAAUUGCCAGCAAUAGUAAUACCACCAUUCCACCACCCUACCCAGCUCCUCACCAAAACUUUGGUAACUCAUCCCGCAUAAUCUCAGCCGUUGGGAUCUCACCCAUUGCGCCGAACUUUGUCGCACCGGCCGUAAAUGCGCUCUCGCCCAUGUACACCGGGAACAGUGGGGGUGGCGGUGGAGGUGUCGGUGCAUCCGUAACUUCCUCCGGGACUCCGGUGUGUGCAAACUUACCACCAGCAAUACCGGCACGAUUGCACGAAACCGUCGCUGCAGGGUUGGUAGAUUCGGCGCCACCACCAUUACCUCCGCCAAGUAUAGACCUGUCGGCGGAGAGCAGUUCCGUGACCGUGCUGAGCAGUGCUGCUUCCGCACGAACGAUACCGUACGGGCAGUAUGCAUCAUCCCAGGCGUACCACAAUCACAUUUCGCGGACACGCGGACCUCGGUUUUGAAGUGCGAAGGGCAAACAAAACACA